AAUUGAAGGGACAAAAGUGGGUGAGUCAGUGUCUGAUACCAAACAUUGAACUCCCUUUCUUCCUCUAAUCACUCUUCGCUUUCUUCCCUCUUUGGUCGUACGUCUGUAACUAACUAACACUUUGUAAAGAUUAAAAAAGACACAAAAGCGGUGGUGGUCUUUAAAUCCCCGUCUUUUAUUUUCUUGCAAUCAUACAACAUAUCUUUCUACCACCUCUCUAGCAAACAAAAGCGAGAGGCUUGCAGUGAAGAAAUCUCAGCUUUGAUAAUACCAAAGUCUAUUUAGGGUGUUCAUAGGGGUUCUUGAGACUACUCCAUCUGUUAGUUAAACCCCUUUAGAAUCAAGAUGAGUGCAGCGGCUACAAUGCACAUGCCCCGAGAAGGCUCAAACUACGAUGAGAUCUCUAUGCAACAGAGUUUGCUCUUCUCUGAUUGUCUUAAGGAUCUGAAGAAUCUGAGAACACAGCUGUAUUCAGCUGCUGAGUACUUCGAACUAUCCUACACAAACGAUGGAGACACACAAUCAGUGGUGGAGACACUGAAAGAUUAUGCGAUAAAGGCUCUGGUGAACACAGUUGACCAUUUGGGCUCUGUUACUUAUAAAGUCAAUGACUUCGUCGAUGAAAAAGUUGAUCAAGUCGCUGGAACCGAGCUACGAGUUGCUUGCAUCGAACAGAGGCUAAGGAUGUGUCAAGAGUUUAUGGAUCAUGAAGGUCGUUCUCAGCAAUCACUUGUCAUCAACACUCCCAAGUUCCACAAGCGUUACAUUUUGCCUUCAGCCGGUGAAAUCAAGAAAGGUGGUAACCUAGCAAAGCUCAAGAGCGUUGAAAGUAGUUUUGGUGACGAAGCUGACUGGAACCAGUUCAGAAAUACUGUUCGUACUACUAUCCGGGAAACGCCUCCACCACCACUUAGAAGACCGGUGCUUCCGUCUCCUCCACCUCAACGUAAAACGCAACGUUCAGCAACCUUUUCGUUCUCCUCUAUCUCCAACACGGCACCAAAGAAAGAACAAGAUAAACGAGCAGUAUCGCCGCACCGGUUUCCGCUGCUAAGAUCUGGUUCGGUUGCGAUCAGACCGACAUCAGUUAGCAGGCCAACGACUCCUAGCAAGAGUAGAACAAUAACUCCUAAACGAUAUCCGUCAGAACCGAGAAGAUCAGCUUCGGUUCGGGUUGCGUUUGAGAAAGAAGCUCAGAAGGAGCCAGAGCAGCAGCAGCAGCAUCAACAACCGAGCAAGAGCAGACGGCUGCUUAAGGCGUUGCUUAGCCGACGCAAAACCAAGAAGGAUGAUACGCUUUACACUUACUUGGACGAAUAUUGAACCAUAAGCUGGUUUUGUAUGUCUCUUUUGAUAAACCGGAAAUUUGAUUUCCAAUUUUAAUUGCAUUUUCUGUUACAUAAUAUCAAUAUAUAUAUAUAUGCUUUGUGUGAACAUUUUUUGUAUGCCGUACGACUUUCAAAAUGUGAAUACAGUAUCUUCUUACAAAUAUACUAGAUCUUGAUCCGCGCUUUGGAAACGCGGAAUA